CAAAACUCCAACAGGAGGAAUAUCUGAAAUUACUUUGGCAUUGAUACUUUUAAACUAGUUUUCAAAAAUUAUCUAUAUUAUAGAGAAUCGAUCUACAAUGAGUGAGAGCUGGUUUUGCGAACAAAUAGAAAAUCUUAAGAUUCAAGAGAAUCGUAUGUCAACGCUAUCUGAAAUUCGCGUACGCUUAAGCCAACUUGAUGGAAGUUCCAAUUCUCAGUUGGAAGCUCAUGUUGCUAAUUGUUUGCUUAACGCUCCAGAAAUUUAUGAAUGUUUAAAUGAAAGCAGUGAAUGUGAUCAACAAUGUGAACUUGCCACUGAUAUAUUAUCCAUGUGCAUGUCGAACAUGCACAUUGGUCAAAACAAUAUGCCAGUGUAUUUGGAACGUGCAUUGACCCAUCCGCGGCCACGGAUACAAGCGAUAGUGUUCAAAACAAUCUUGAAGCAAUUAGAAAAGGAACAAAACCAAUCCGCAGAAUCCGACAUAUCUGAUGAACUCUUAAAUCACGUUUUGAAAGGUCUUCAACACGAAGAUACUGAAGUCGGCGUACCUGUCGUUGAUAUAUUAUCAAUUGCUCUUAAAUCACGUCUGGACCAAAUAGCCAUUAAACAAAAGUUACUAGAUGUAUUGUCAUGCAGUGAAAUCAUUAAGUGCCGUGUAUAUGAGCUUGCGGUGAACCUUGCUAAGCAAUCGCCUUCUAUGCUUCAACAAGUUGAAUUUCUGCUCGAUCGCGCUUUGUCAGAACUCGAUAACGAUGAUGUGCUUUUUCAAGUCAACAUUCUUGAAAUACUAGUUUCACUUGCCGAACAGAACCAUGGAUUAUUAUAUCUAGAAGACAGACAAGUUUUCGAAAUAAUUAGUAGGCGAGUAGAAAAUGUUGAACAAAAUCCGAUAGACCACCUACUCAUCCCGGGUAUUAUGAAGUUUUUUGGCAAAGCCGCAUCGGUGCAACCGCAAAAAGUAAUUGUUGGAUAUCCGCAUAUGAUACAAUGCUUCUUUCAAAGCAUACUUUCCGGGGACGUUUCAAUAUUACCAGCAGCAUUCGACACCUUUGCAAAUCUCGCACUAUCAAAAAAGGGCAAACAGCUUUUGGAUCAAAAUUAUCCAGCUAUGAUAAAAGAAACUUUCGAAGAAAUUGCUUCGUAUUUACGAAACCUCUCGACGGAUUUAAAAAACCGUGCAUUUAACACGUUGGAAAUAAUUUUCACGACAGAGAGUGUUAGCCAGGCUGACAUAGAUGAGCUACUUCGAAAAUGGUUCGUAUAUUUAGCGGGCGGAGAAAACAUGCAAUUUCUGAUGGACUUCUGCCGCAACCCAUUCCCUGACAUCAAAGUAGCUUGCUUAAGCUUUAUCAAAUCAGUUUGUCGCCAUAGGUGGGGCGUAGUAGCGCUUAAAGACACAGCGGGCUUUGUGGAGUAUUUACUUGAUCGGAAAAUUGAGUUUGACAAAGAGGCAAAGUACAAGAAAUUCGAAUUAAUUAGCUUAUUGGCAGAUAGUGAUGUUUUCGAUAUCCAAACGAACAUUCAAUUGCGCACUUACGCAAACGAAGGCCCCUACUUCAUACAAAGCAUAAUGGACAUAGCCACUGAAGGCAAUUAAUGUAAUCUCUAUAAAUACGUACAGUACUUUGUACAAAAAAAAUUAGAAUAUGGAAACAUUCCAUAAGAAAAUUGAAACAGCGCCUUUGGAGGGGCUUGGUGGCGCUUCGCUCUAAUAUAUCAACGUUAUUAGAGAUGCUGUAAAAUAUCGAUUAAGAGUACACAUCGAUUUAACUUUUAUCCCGAAAGAUGAUUUAAUUGGCGUUUGUUUUAUAUAUUUUGUAUGCAUGAACUAACGCCUACUGAAAAAAAAACAUUUUUAAAAUUAUAUAAAAAUAUUUAUACAGAAUGCAGUGUAACAGUUGUAUAAAAAUUGAAAAUUUGAUUUAUAUGGUUUUUGUUUGACAUGGAACUAUACUUUUAUACAAAAAUAUUGAACAUUAAAAGAAAAC